AUGGCUAUAACUGGAGAAGACAACGGAGACAGAUCCGGCGACGAACGUCUCCCGAAGAGACAACGACUUCCUUCUGAAGAUGAAGAUGACGACGACGAUUUCGAGUCCGUAAAGCUUCAGAGUCAUGAUGUCCUCGAUGGUCCAAUAUGUUGUGAGCCACUCAAGAGACCAAUCUAUCAGUGUAUUAAUGGGCAUCUAGCUUGUUCGUCUUGCUGCCAAAAAUUGAACAAGAGAUGCUCGUUCUGUAGAUGUGAAAUCGGGGAUAUAAGAUGCAGAGCCAUGGAGAAGGUUAUUGAAGCAACGAUAGUCCCAUGUCCGAACGCAAAACACGGGUGUGAAGAAACCACCACGUACGGUAUUGAUCAAUCUGUUCAUGAGAGAGUUUGCUGUUUCGCCCCAUGUUCUUGCCCUGUACCAAGCUGCAAGUUCGUUGGCACAUACACGAAUCUAAAAAGCCACGCUUGUCAUGCACACAUUUGUCGUGAAAAAUUUCUCAUCCCGUUUAAGUUUAACGGCCAUUGUCCUAUAUUUCGAAUGAACCUUGGUAAUAAGAAGACUGUCAUUUUGAAGGAAGAGAAUGAGAACGAUUUGAUAGCAGUUCAGGCUUUCAAGGGAUCGGACGAGGGCGUGUAUGUGACUGUUAACCGUAUCGUACAUAUGGGUCCGGGGAUACGCGACGUCUUUUGCAAAUUCCUGUGUAGGACUCCAUUAAGGGAAACGAUGGUGAAGAAAAUUCAGAAAGUGAGAGAGCAAAUGCAUCCCGAAGAUGACGACGUAAUUUGGAUUCCGCUUCCGCCUGAAAUGUUGUUGAGAGGCGCGAGCUGGAUGAUGGCGAUUUGCAUCGACUAUGAUAGUUGGAACUAG